GUCGCGUGAGAGUCGCGUGCGCGGUGUCAAGGCCACUGGACCAAACAACGAUUCGGGUAAUAAAAAAAGAAACAGCGAAAAUUGAAGACAUAUCAUCAAUCAACAAGUUCAUUAAAAACGUAGUGCAUAGAUCUGUGAGGAGCUGUGAGCAGGAUGUGCUCUGUGGCUGCAGUGGUGCGUGCGCUUGUGGAUGUAUCGGAGAAAGCUGCAAAUAUUGCGCGUCUCUGUCGGGAGAAUGGGGACAUCUUUGAGCUGCUGGUAGAGGAGAAGAGCAAAGAUGAGGCAAAUCCGCGCUUUGUGCGGGACUUCAAGACACUCGCUGACGUCCUCAUCCAGGAGAUGGUUCGGCACGACAUUGGGCAGGUGUUUCCCGAUAUGAAGGAUAACAUCCGCGGCGAGGAGAGCUCCACAUUCACCAAUACACUUGGGGAGACAAUUACGGUGGAGGUGUGUGACAGCCUCGAGGAGACAGCAAAUCUAUUAGAGAAGGUGUUGAAUGGGAAUAAAUUGGUGGCAGAUUUACUAGCAGCCGAAGUUCAUCGAGACAUCAAAACAGACGAGGGGCAAUGCAUUGAAGACCUUGGGGGUGAGAUUGUAGCAUGUGAUGUUGGUAUUUGGGUGGAUCCCAUCGAUGCCACAGCUGAGUAUGUGCAGGGAAAGGAACGACCAACUGUGGUACCCAAUAUUGUGGCAUCAGGACUGAGAUGCGUCACCAUCCUUCUCGGUGUGUAUGAGAUUGAGUCCGGACGACCGAUUGUGGGGGUGAUUAAUCAACCCUUUCACAUGGAAAAGGAAAGCGGUGGUGGGUAUUCGGGUAAAAUCUAUUGGGGUGUAGCUAUGGAUGGGCUGAAACGCUCCAAUAUCCCACCGCGGGAGGGUGAGGCAGCUGGGCGGAAGAAGGUGGCAAUUCUCUCGAGUGCUGAGAAUAAGAAAUACAUCUACUAUCUUAGGGACACUCUGGGGUACAGUAUUGUCUUCUCAGCGGGUGCCGGCCAUAAGAUACUCAAAUUGAUUCUCGGUGAUGCCGAUCUCUAUCUCGUGAGUACUGGCUCCACAUACAAAUGGGAUACUUGUGGUCCACAGGCAAUUCUUCGUGCCCUUGGUGGUGGAUUAAUAAAUUUACAGGAGACCAUCGAUACCAAAUCUGUCAUAGAAUUAUCAUACACCAAAAGCUCAGGGAAGUGCAAUAUUGGGGGUGUUUUGGGAUUCCGGACACACACCCAACUCAUGGAAUUCAGUAAAUUGCUGUAAACUUCCUCCUUUUAAACCACUGUGGUAUACGAAGUGUAUUACAUAAUUUCUCGUAGGCGCUUCAGCAAGCAGCAUACAAUGUGUAUGGGAUAUAAACUCUGUGAAAAUAUCUCUCUCCUUUUUUGAUGGGUAGACAACUAAAAAAAAAUUGUAAAUUUAGCAAAUCAAUCAUUUUUCUGAUGUGUUUUAGACGUCCAUGGAAAAGGGAUAAUAAUUCAUAGAGGAGAGCAAACUUGUACUGUAUAUCGUUGUACGUUGUGUUAUGUGAUCAAUGGAAAGCAAAUGCAAUUAUGUAAAAUAGACAAUAGAGUUUUAUGUGAGGCACAAAAA